AUGGCGCCCGUCUCGAAGGCAACGCACCUGGCCCUGCAGACCGCCAAAGCCAAGGUCAUGGAAGAGGAAAGGCCUGACAACACCUUCCUCACGACCGUGGCCACGAAGCCGGCCGUAGGCUUAGUGGAGCCGUUGCACAAGAGUGAGAAAGACAUCAGGACUUAUGUCCAGAAGAAACGGGAAGUCUUUCUGGUGCACAUGGCCUGCGACAACAAACGGGAAGAAGCGGUGCGCUUAGAUGCCGUGGCGAAGGCCAAGGAAGAUGCCUUGGCAUUUUCCCAGCAGACUUUGGAGGAAGAUGCCAAGAAGUUUGAGGAUUAUCUCCAAGAGAGAAUUUCGAAAGCAUCCAAUGCAACGAAAGACUCCGAGAAGCACGCUAAGAACAAGCAGGACAAGGUGCAAAAGAUCAAGAGCCUCAAACAACAAAUCGCGGCCGUGCACAGCGACACGGGCAAGUUGAAGGAGGCGCGCGUGGAAUGUGAACGGCUGAAGCACUUCCUGGAGAAGUUGACGCCGCCCGAGUGGAAGGAAGAACAGAAGCAGAAGAAAGAGGAGCGCAAGAAGGACCGAGCCGAGAGGUGGAAGAAAGAGAGGCUCGCUCCAAUCCUGGAACAACUGGCCAUGGAGGAGGAAAGGAUCUCAGAGAAAUUUGCGCAAGAGGAGGCUGAGGUGGCCGAAAACUUGCGGAAGAAGAGUAAGAAAUCCCGGCGCCGGGAAGAUGAGGAAGAGCUGCUCCAGAAGCAGCGGGAAAGGGACCUGAGGAAGAAGCGCAUCCAGAAGAAGAGGGAGGAGGAAGAGAGGAAGAUCGAUGCAGAGUAUGUGGAGGUGUCCUCUGAAGAAGAACCUGAACUCUUUUUCAAGGAGCCGCAGCAGCUGAUGGACACCUUUACGGACCUCGAAGAGCUCAAUUUGUUCCUGAUCCAAAGUUCUCAGGCCUUCAGAGCCACAGAGCAGGAGGAGGAUGAGAUGCGAAACAAUUUUCAGACCAUGAAAAUGGACAUGGGGCAAAAGGUCCAACAGUUGAAGGAUCAAAUCAAACAGCUGGAGCAAAGCAUCAAGCAGGAGAAACGCCGGGGGCAAGAGCUUCGCCAAAGCCAUGCAGAAAAGGCGAGCACGGCGGCACAGGACAAGAAACUCUCUGACCUGGCCAUGAAGGUGCACGACGUCUACAAACGCUGUGAGUUGGCGCGGGAUCAGCAGCAACCGGACACCCUGCAGAUGCUGGGAGCUAUCGAGUCCAGAAUUGAAGAACUGAUUCAAGGACUGGACGAAGCAUACCAGCAGGACGAAGAACUGGUCAUGAGAUUAGAGUGGCAGAAGGAAAGAGAUCGCAGGGAAAGAGUUCGCGAGAAUCGACUCAGAGAGCAGUCGGAGAAACAAGAGGAUCGGCUGAAGCAAUCCCUGCAACGCUCGCAGAAGCCGGUCUUUAAGAAGGCUGGCAAGCAAGUGAUGUACCGCUCGCCACCGCUCCGACAAGAGCGUAAGAUCGUGGAAGAUACCACGGACGACGAAGCGCACGCGAAGGACCACAAGGUCUUUGACCUCUACAUCGAUCGCAAGAGUGGGCUGCCGCACACCGACGCGCCUACGGAGGAAGCGAGGCGAGCAGAGGGAGCACCGAGUCCCAAGUCGCAAACGAAGUCCUCCCUCAGCGAGAACAGUGAUGUCAGGUGAGAAGAACGACCUGAUCGAGCAU